GGUGGGGGCGUGUUUGAGCAGAGGAAAACUCCGUAAAAAAAAACCCAGCCAUUUCUUGCAGUGUUGCCUCAUUUGACGUUAGCUAGCAGCCUUUAUUUUAGUGGAUAGUGCAUAUCCUGUUCAUGGCCUUACCACGACAACGAAUAUGAGGUCCAGAGAGAGCCGUGCAUUCAUUGCAUUCCAUUUAAAAGGUUUAACGUUAGUGCAAUCGUAAUCGCGUUUUGGCUUUUUGUAAGCAUAGCCAUUAUGGAUGUGCAGCUAACGGACCAUUGCGGCACUAAGACAGGACUAAAGACAAGUAACGUCAAUGCUAAGGUUACUGCUGGCAGUGGUUCGGCCCAAGGCAAUAACAGGACGAAAAAGACGAGGAGAGGAAAACGAGGCAAAAGAAGAAGGGGCAAGAAACCGAAGGAUGAGCCGCCACCUUAUUUACCCCCGGAGGCAGAAGAGGGCAACAUUGAGUACAAGCUGAAGCUGGUGAACCCGACGCAGUACCGCUUCGAGCACUUGGCCACGCAGCUGAAGUGGCGGCUGCAGGAGGGGCGCGGUGAGGCCGUCUACCAGAUCGGCGUGGAGGACAACGGCCUGCUGGUGGGUCUCAGCGACGCCGACAUGAGGGCCUCUCUCAAGACGCUCAAACGCAUGGCCGAGAAGGUUGGUGCAGACAUCACCCUUCUCAGGGAGAGGGAGGUAGAUUAUGGCAUAGAAAGAAGCUGCCGGAAAAUCGCUGAGGUCCUGGUCCGGAAAGUUCCAGAUGAUCAGCAGUUCCUGGACCUGCGCGUGGCGGUCCUGGGGAACGUGGACUCGGGGAAGUCUACGCUGCUGGGCGUGCUGACGCAGGGGGAGCUGGACAACGGCCGCGGCCGGGCCCGCCUCAACCUCUUCAGGCACCUGCACGAGAUCCAGUCGGGCCGCACUUCCAGCAUCAGCUUUGAGAUCCUGGGCUUCAACAGCAAGGGCGAGGUGGUGAACUACAGCGACUCGCGCUCCGCUGAGGAGAUCUGUGAGAGCUCCUCCAAGAUGAUCACCUUUAUGGACCUUGCGGGACACCAUAAGUACCUGAAGACCACCAUCUUUGGCCUGACCAGCUAUUGUCCGGACUUUGCCAUGCUGGUGGUGGGGGCCAACACAGGCAUUGUGGGCACCACGCGUGAGCACCUGGGCCUGGCCAUGGCGCUGAAGGUGCCCAUCUUCGUGGUGGUGAGCAAGGUGGACGUGUGCGUGUGCGGGUCCGGGGCGCGCGGGGCGCUGGAACGCACCCUCCGCCAGCUGGAGCGCCUCCUCAAGCAGCCCGGCUGUGCCAAGGUGCCCCUGCUGGUGGCCAACGCAGACGACGCCGUCACCGCCGCACAGCAGUUCACACAGUCACACAGUGUGACCCCAAUCUUCACGUUGUCGAGCGUAACGGGGGAAAAUCUGGACCUGCUGAAGGUGUUCCUGAACGUGCUGCCGCCACUGAGCAACAGCAAGGAGCAGGAGGAGCUCAUGCAGCAGCUCACCGAGUUCCAGGUGGAUGAGAUCUAUUCCGUCCCAGAGGUAGGAACAGUUGUGGGAGGAACUCUCUACAGUGGUGUGUGUGGGGAGGGUGAGCGGCUGGUCGUGGGCCCCACGGAUGACGGCCGGUUCCUGCGUCUGCGUGUUCUGAGCAUGCAGAGGAACCGCUCCAGCUGCAGAGUCCUGCGGGCCGGACAGGCCGCCACGCUGGCCCUGGGCAACUUCCCCCGAACCCUUCUCCGAAAGGGUAUGGUCAUGGUUAGUCCAAAGAUGAACCCCACCAUCUGUUGGCGUUUCGAGGCUGCUGUCGUGCUGCUGUUCCAUGCAAAGACAUUCCGCCGGGGUUUCCAGGUAACCGUUCACGUCGGCAACGUCCGGCAAACGGCUACUGUUGAGUGCCUCCAUGGAAAGGAGGAGCUGCGUACAGGAGAGAGUGCCGUGGUGUGUUUCCGUUUCCUGAAGCACCCGGAGUACCUGAGACUGGGCGCCAAGCUGCUCUUCAGAGAGGGCGUCACCAAGGGCAUCGGCCACGUGGCCCAGCUCCUAUCGGACCUCAACACGCCUGACCAGAACCACACACACAACAACAACAACAACAACAUUGCCUAAACACACAACAGCAAUCGCCUAAACACACAACAACAACAACAACAACAACAACAUUGCCUAAACACACAACAGCAUCGACUAAACACGCAACAACAACAACAGCAACAACGCCUAAACACAAAACAACAUCGACUAAACACGCAACAACAACAACAGCAACAACGCCUAAACACAAAACAACAUCGGCUAAACACACACAUACAUGGCCCAGCUCCUACCGGACCACUCACACAACAAAAUCAACAAAAUCGCCUAAACACACAACAGUGACAAAAAAGCUGAAACACACACACACACACACACACACACGACUGCAGUAACACACCCGGCCAGAACCAGACACACAACAACAACAUUGCAUAAACACACAACAAUGACGCCUAAACACACACACACACACACACACCACUCCAACGACAACUCCUAAACACACACACACACACACACACACACAGCUGGAGUAACACACCUGACCAGAAUCACACACACACAACAACAUUGCAUAAUCACACAACAACAACGCCUAAACACACACACCACUCCAACGACAACGCCUAGUCAAGUUUAGCCAGUUUAGCCACACACACACAUACACACACACACACACCACUGCAAUAACAACAUCUAAACCCAAACACACACACACACACACACACACACACACACACACACACACACACACACACACACGACUGGAGUAACAGGCCUGACCAGAACCACACACACAACAUCAUUGCAACAACAACACCUAAACACACACAAAAACACCUAAACACACACAUGCACCAUCAGACCAACAAUGUCUAACAACACUAGAGACAACAGUCUUUUUUUUUCUCCUGUAACUUGCAAUGUGUAAAGAUAAAAUCUUUAUAUAUCUUUAUUGACAUGCAAGCUAGCCAUGUAUGAACAAGGUCAAGGUCAAGAUGAACUUCAUUAAUAAAGGCAACAAAGAGGCAACGCUGCCUAGAAAGUUCUGAAAUGUUUGCACACUACCCACACAUGCCAACGUACUCCAAACAACAGAGGGUUUUUUUGUGUUUGACACGUCCAGUUGAUUAAUUGGCAAUUUUUGUCUUGGCAUUGUAGAAAUGGCAGUUUGGAUUUCUGAACUAUAGAAUGUUUGGGUUAAUUGGGGAUUGUCCGGGGCAGUGUGCAAAUGGUCAGCUGGUGUACCCUCCUCUUAGAAAUGUAACGUGUAACCUGUGUUGUGUUAAACCUCACAUGGUCGCACGGCAGCUGGUAUACCCUCCUCUUAGAAACGUAACGUGUAACCUGUGUUGUGUUAAACCUCACAUGGUCGCACGGCAGCUGGUAUACCCUCCUCUUAGAAACGUAACGUGUAACCUGUGUUGUGUUAAACCUCACAUGGUCGCACGGCAGCUGGUAUAUCCCUCCUCUUAGAAACGUAACGUGUAACCUGUGUUGUGUUAAACCUCACAUGGUCGCACGGCAGCUGGUAUACCCUCCUCUUAGAAAUGUAACGUGUAACCUGUGUUGUGUUAAACCUCACAUGGUCGCACGUCAGCUGGUAUAUCCCUCCUCUGAGAAACCUAUGUAUGUGUAACCUGUGUUGUGUUAAACCUCACAUGGUCGCACGGCAGCUGGUAUACCCUCCUCUUAGAAACGUAACGUGUAACCUGUGUUGUGUUAAACCUCACAUGGUUGCACGGCAGCUGGUAUAUCCCUCCUCUGAGAAACCUAUGUACGUGUAACCUGCGUUGUGUUAAACUUAACAUGGUCGCACGGCAGCUGUUAUACCCCUCCUCUUAGAAACGUACAUACAUAAUAACCUCUGCAUGUUCCGCCAGAUAAGGUGAAACGCCAGCAGCUUUCAAUCCACGUUCAUCUUUUUUUUUUUACUCUUCAUCUCCCUGUACUCUGCCUUGCUGUUUUGGUAAACCGACAUUGAACCGAAAACCACUGAAUGUAACAUUCGUUCCGAGCUCCCACGUUUUGUUUGGAGAGAGCGUUUAGUUAGAUGUUCCAGUAUCCUGAAUUUUAGUCUUGAUUUCAUGUUCUCAUUUUAUUCUUUUUUUUUAAUUGGAUACACAAUGGAAAAUGUUGUAAUGAUGUAAUGAACAAGUUUUUAGUUAUUUGAUUUUUUUUGUCCGUGUUACAUUUUAACUUGGUCAUGAAUAUUGCAACACUUGACCAUAUAGUUCUCUUAAUUUAAUUGGAUAACCAAUUAAAACGGUUUAAUGAACGUGUUUUUAUUUAUUUUAUCUCUUUGUUUGGCUAUUACUUUUUAACUUGCCCGUAAAGAUGACCCCAGUGGCAACUAUACGCUUUGCCGCAUAAAUGACUCCUGGAGCGGUGAGUGUGGUGUGUCCAGGACUGCUUCUGCCUUCAUCUGGGCCGAGGCCAUCAACCGUGAUAGAGCAAGGAGCAUGCAGACUUUUAGCGGCCAGGUCACAAUAUGUUUGGACAAGGGGAAAUUAAAGAUUUUCUUGUUGUGGAUAUCUGUACAAUGUUUGUAUAAAAGAUAAUAAUAAAAUAUGUGGAAGCUU